GAAAGAUACGGAUCUUGGAUGGCUGCAUGAAAAAUAUCGAUAUCCAACUGUUGUGUUACCUGUUGAUAAAAUCUGGACUCCCAAGAUCGUUCUGGACAAUGCAUUAGACACAACUAUGGAGCCGUACACGGAUGAUGUGCAGGUGAGGAGAGACGGUGUUGUGGAACAUGCUGUUAUCUUAUUUACGGCAGUGAGCUGCGAAAUCAACUUAUUCAACUAUCCAUAUGUGUUUGGGGAGUGUCCUGUGGCCAUCAAUGGAUGGAGUCAAAGAUUUUGUUCACUGAAACUGGACAUUGCUGAUAAUGUGUCUUUGAUCGGUGGUAGUCGAGGAGAGUGGCAGACCUUAAGCGUGACCAAGAUUGUGGAUAAGUCACAAGAAGAUCGCAGUUACCUCUUUGUCACCCUGUCUAUCAACCCCUUCGGUGCAUUUGUGACUCUGAUCUUGCCCAGUGCACUUAUAAUGUGUGCUGACCUGGUAAGCUUUGCUCUGCCAUUUGAAGGAGGGGAACGCAACUCUUUUAAAGUAACGCUGGUCCUGAGCUUCACCAUGUUCCUUCUCAUCCUCAAUGAUCAUCUGCCUAAUGGUGGAAAUUGUAGCCCUCUUCUCCGUAAGUGA